ACUAUUAGCACAGAGAGAGUUUGGAAGAGUGAACUGCAGGAAGCCCUACCCCUUCUUCAAACACAGUGACAGAACCUCUUCUUCUUCUACCCAAUCGGCAUGGCGUUGUAUGGAGCAGCGAAGCGUGUUUGUGUUUCAAUAAGGGUGGCUGCUGCUUGCACUGCUCGUUCGUAUUCUUCGUCUGCAUCAGACUCUGCGAAUCUGAAUCUGAUAAAGCAAUUGAGAGAGAGAACGAGCGCUCCUAUUAAAGACGUGAAAGCGGCUCUGGUGGAUUCCAAUUGGGACAUUGAUGCAGCUCAGAAGGAACUCCGAAAGAGAGGCAAAGCUGUGGCUUCAAAGAAAUCCUCUCGAACUGCUUCCGAAGGUUUCCUUGCUCUCGCUCAAUCCCCUUCCAAAGUCGCUCUCAUUGAACUCAACUGCGAAACCGAUUUUGUUGCCAGAAACGACAUUUUCCAACACUUGGCAUUAUCCUUAGCAAAGCAAGCUUUAUCGCUCGAUGCCGUCACUUCUUCUUCUUCUUCUUCUUCCGCCGCUGCUUUUCACGUUCAACCUCAAUCGUUGCAGGACUUGACUUUGAAUCUCGAGCAUCCAAAGAUUAAUGGAGAAAUAACCGUUCCUAACGCAAUCACUGAAGUGGCUGCCAUGAUGGGGGAGAAUGUAAGAUUCAGAAGAGGUUAUGUGAUGCCUGCAUCGUCCAAUGGUUUUAUAUCUACAUAUCUUCAUACCAGUCCCAAGCCAGGUUUGGGUCGGAUUGCUGGAAUUUUGUCUCUUGAAGUAGAUGAUGGUAAAACGCAAGUGGAGGCUCUUCAGCGUGUUGGAUCAGAGUUGGCCAUGCAUGUAGUGGCAGCCAAGCCAUUAUUUUUAACAAAGGAGCUUGUGUCUUCGGAUGCGUUAGAAAAUGAGCGUGAAAUUCUUAAAUCUCAGGCAGAGGCCUCUGGUAAGUCUCAGAUGGCCAUAGACAAAAUGGUUGAAGGGCGUCUCCGCAAGUACUUUGAGGAAGUUGUGCUCAUGGACCAAAAGUUUAUUAUGAAUGAUACUAUGAAUGUGAAGGCGGUGCUGGAUAAUCUUUCCAAGGAGGUGGGUUCAUCUGUGAGGGUUGUCAACUUUCUCAGAAUGGAAGUUGGGGAAGGAAUUGCAAGGCAAGAAACAGAUGCUUCUGAGUCUGUUGCUCAGGUUGCCUAAGUUAAUGUGAUUCUGUCCAUUCACAGAGGAAACCCUCUGAGAGCUCAGGUUUGUUUUAAAGGUUUUUGCUCUCUAGCUGGAUACUAUUUAAACACGUAUGCUCCGAUAUUGAUCCAGGGAAGUUGAGGUACAGGAUUCGGUUGAAAUUUUUGCUCCACAGUGGAAAACAUAAAUGGUUUCUUUUAGACUGUGUUAGUAUUUUCUGGUGCACUGUCCUGAUCUAUAUCUACAAAUCCCUAGUUAAAGUUUUGUUUUUAUAUCUUUGGUGAGUUCACAUAGUUUCUAAAUUUAAAUUUUACAAAACUGUCAAAUAAAUUGAUACUUUGGAAUGAACCAAA